AUGGUGGAAGACUUUCUCGAGGUCUUUAUGGACGACUUCUCGAUUGUUGGUGAUUCUUUUGAUGACUGUCUUGACUAUCUUGACCAUCUGGGUCAAGUGCUUAAACGCUGUGAGGAGAUUCAUCUGGUGCUGAAUAGAAAGAAGUGCCACUUCAUGGUGAAGGAAGGGAUCUUCCUCGGGCAUAAAAUCUCAGAAAAAGGGGUUGAGGUCGAUCAAGAAAUGAUUGAUGUGAUUUCGAAGCUUCCUCCGCCUAUCUCAGUCAAGGGUGUUCGGAGUUUUUUAGGACACGCCGAUUUCUAUAAGUGUUUCAUCAUCUCAAAAAUCGCUAACCCGAUGUGUAAACUUCUUGAAAAAGAGGCUAAGUUUGAAUUGGACGAGAACUGCUGCAAGGCAUUCGAUGAAUUGAAGGAGCGGUUGACCACAACCCCUAUUAUUGUUUCUCCUGACUGGUCUCUACCGUUCGAAUUGAUAUGUGAUGUAAGUGGCUUUGCUAUCGGUGUUGUGCUUGGACAGAGACAUAAUAAAAUCACGCAUCCGAUCUAUUAUGCAUGCAGAACAUUGAAUGCUGCUCAGAUGAAUUACACAGUGACGGAACAAGAGCUGCUUGCGAUAGUUUUUGCUUUUGAGAAGUUUCGGGCCUAUCUGUUGGGGUCCGAAAUCAUGGUGACAGACUGCAAGGGAACUGAGAAUCAGGUUGCUGAUCAUCUCUCUAGGCUUGAAAAAGCCGGGAGACCUUCGGAUGAGCUAGAUAUCGAUGAUGCAUUCCCAGAUGAGAGGGUGUUGGCUGUGUCAAUAGAAGUAGCACUAUGGUAUGCAGACAUUACCAACUAUUUGGUGACAGGCUUAAUUCCAGAGGAGAUCAAAGCAUACCAAAAGAAGAAAGCCUUCGUGGGAUUGAUGGAGAAGUAUGGUGUCAAACAUCGGGUGGCAAUGCUUUAUCAUCCUCAGACAAGUAGGCAAGUUAAAAUCUCCAAUCGGGAGAUCAAGAGUAUUCUAGCUAAAACGGUGAAUGCAAACAAAACUGAUUGGACCUGCAAGCUUGAUGAUGCUCUAUGGGCUUACCGAACUGCUUUUAAGACUCCAAUUGGAACUUCGCCCUUCAAGCUAGUUUUUAGCAAAGCUUUUCACCUGCAUGUUGAACUUGAACAUAAGGCUAUGUGGACCUUGAAGAAAUUGAACAUGGAUUUGGAAGAGGUGACCAAACUCAGGUUGUUUCAACUGAAUGAGAUAGAUAAAUUCUGGUACCAGGCGUAUGAAAGUGCAGCACUUUAUAGAGAGAGGAUAAAGCAGUAUCAUGAUAAGAAAAUCCUGAAGUGGUCUGGUCCAUUUGAGGCGGUAAGUGUUUCACCCUAUGGGGCGAUUGAACUGAAGUCCGGAGAUAGAAUUCAGACAUUUAAGGUGAACGGGCAGAGGGUGAAGCACUAUCAUGGGAUGGUUGAUGGACAUAGAAUUGUUGAUCGAUACCGGUUGAAGCUCCUUGGAACGAAUGCUGACUGGGCUAGUUCUAGCUAG